AUGUCUAAACCUUUGUGGCUUAUGAUGGGAACCGCGUUUAAGAUAGCGAGGCCAACUGAUAGUGCACCGGAAGCUUCGACGGUGCAUACAGGGCGGACCUUUUUCCUAACAGCCAAGCACACUUUUAUCCCGUGGUGCUGCUCAGAGGCAGCCUCAAGUCUCAAGAUUCCAGAGGAGUAUCGCAAAUCACGUUACGUUAUAGGACGGCUUUAUGCACCCUUAAAUGACACCCAUCAGCGUGCUAAUGCGUCCUGCUUUGCUGAGAUUAGUCUCAUUUCGAGCCACCCAACCCUUGAUGUGGCUUUACUGGCAACCAAGACAUUCCACGAUCAGUCUAUAGAGCAGACCAUUGCCCAGACACUCCCGCUGUCUCUAUGCACUGACAAGGAAAUGCCUGCACAGGGCGCACAAUGUGUCAUCAACGGCUUCCGUGGGGAGGGAAAGCUCGGGGAGCUGGAUACAUUCGAUGCGGGUUUACUUCAAAAAUUAUCGCCCAAGGAAAGAGAAACACUUCUUAAGGAACUGGAGUCCGUCGAGGGCAAACAAGUAGCGGCCAGCACUUUUGUAGAGGUGUUAGACCCCCUAGGAAUGGGCCAUGGCAUUGGGGAUUAUAACCAGUGUUUUCAUGGAAUGUCCGGAUCUCCACUGUUGACGCUCGUUGGCAACAAACCCCUGUGCUGUGGGGUGCUGUAUGGUAAGCAUCCCGACUAUCCAGAAAACAUUGGCUUCAUACCGUCCAACGCUAUAUUACCAUGGAUUCACAAUGCUAUUCGGUAA